GUGGGCGGGCCGCGCAGGGCGGGCAGAGGGAAGGGAAGAUGGCGGAGGAGGAGAAGCUGCCCGCGGGGUGGGAGAAGCGCAUGAGCCGCAGCUCCGGCCGGGUGUAUUACUUUAACCACCUGACAAACGCCAGCCAAUGGGAGCGGCCGAGCGGGGGCGCGCGGGCGGAGCCGGGGCGCGUGCGCUGCUCGCACCUGCUGGUCAAGCACAACCAAUCGCGGCGGCCGAGCAGCUGGAGGCAGGAGCGCAUCACCCGCUCCAAGGAGGAGGCGCUGGAGCUCAUCAACGGUUACAUCCAGAAGAUCAAAUCAGGAGAGGAGGAUUUUGAAUCUUUGGCUUCGCAGUUCAGCGACUGCAGCUCAGCCAAGGCUGGGGGGGACCUGGGAGCAUUUGGGAGAGGGCAGAUGCAGAAGCCGUUCGAGGACGCCUCGUUCGCGCUGCGGGCUGGCGAGAUGAGCGGCCCCGUGUUCACGGAAUCCGGGAUCCACAUCAUCCUCCGCACGGAGUGAAGUGCCUUGGGAGGGCGGGGCCUCCCGGGAAUCCCGUGGGAACGGGCGGGAAUCCACGGGGAGCCCGUGGGGAUCCGUGGGAAUCUAUGGAGGCCCUCAGGAAUCCAUGGGGAAGCCACGGGAAUUCACGGAAAUCCUAGGGGAUCCGUGGAGGUCUGUUGGGAUCUGUAGAAAUCUGUUAACGCCGCAGGAAGCCAUGGGAAUUCUCAGGAAUCCACAGGAAGUCCACGGGAGUCCGUGGAAUCCUCAGGAAAUCCAUGGGAAUCUAUGGAGAUCCGUGGGAAUUCACAGGAAUUCAUGGAAGUCCAUGGAGAUCCAUGGGAGUCUAUGGGAAUCCUCAGGAAUUCGCGGGAACUCACGGAAAUCCUCAGGAAUUGAUGGGAAACUAUGGAAAUCCUCAGGAAUCCAUGGGAAUUCAUGGAGGUCCAUGGGAAUCCUCAGGAAUCCACGGAAAUCCAUGGGAAUCCCGCCCCGCACUCCCCACCACCAACUCCAGAUCCCACAACUCCUCCAUUAUUCCCUCCUGGGUGGGAGCAAAACCAGAGAAUUCCUGCGGUUUUUGGGAAUGUUGGGUCAGCUGGAGCCGGCUCCUGGCGGUCCCUCGGUGGUGGUGGUGAUAAUGGCAACGAUGGCGAUGGCCAGCAGUGACAGUGACAGCAAGGACAGUGACCAGAGUGACAGUGACAACAAGGACAAUGACAAUGACCAACAGUAGUGAUGGUGAUGAUGACCAUGACCAACAGUGGUGACCAUGACCAGCGACCAAUGAUGGUGACAACAACAAUGACAAUGACCAGUGGUUGUGUCAAUGGCCAUGAUAAUGGUGGUAGUGAUGACAAUGACCAUGACCAAGAUGGCAACAAUGACCAACGAUGGUGACAACGACCAUGACCAAUGGUGGUGACAAUGCCCAAUGAAGGUGACAAUGACCAACGAUGGUGACCAUGACCAUGAGCAACAACCAGCAAAGGUGACAAUGACAAUGACACCAGUAGAAACCGAUGAGAGUGACACUGAUGACAACUAUACCGAUGAUGACGACGCCACCACCGAAGGUGCUGUGGCCAGUGCCAGGCCAGGCCCCUCCCCCACCCCCUGCAUGUUUAUUUAACUCAUUCCUGCUCUUUUCUCCCCAAAAAACGCCCCCGAUCCGAAGGCUCCGCUUGAUUCAAGCCAUUAAUUAAUAAUUACUUGUUAAUAAAUAGCAAAGAUGAGGCAGCUCCCAUGGGGUCCCUCCACAGUGUCCGUCCGGAUUAUACUGGGAAUUUCCCGGCACCAUCGCUUGGACUUCAAAAAAAACCGCCGGAUUUUUGGGGUAAAUUCACGGGAAAUUGGGAAAAAGUGGCUGGAGUUCCGUUUUCCCGCCCUUUCGGAACCACAGGUUUUCAGUUUGGGGUGAAAAAAAGUUGGAUUUGGGGAGGUUUUUUCCGAGAUUUUUCAGUUCUGCUGUUGUUUCUGCUUCGUUCAGUGGGAAAAAAACAGGAAAAAUCCCAAAAAUCCCAGCUUGGAUCUGUGCAAAAAUUCCCAAAAAAGCUGUAAAGCCCCGGCUCUUUUCCUGCAGAAAUAAAUCCCCCUCCAGUGGAA